GUCACAGUUCUGUUGUGGAGCCUAGUCGAGCAUAUUCCUUUCUGAACCCUCUGGCCCUGAUUCCCCCGAUCAUCGACGACGACGACGACCUGUUGCUUGUUGUUGUCUUCACUCCUGCUUUGAGUGAAUUUUUUUGCAAGCUUGUCUCCACUUUGCUCGAGGAGAUCCGAGACUAUGGGUACGGAGGAGGUGGAGAAAGUCCAGCAGCAUGCCCAACAUGACGACGACAAGAAGAAACAGAGAACCGUAGCAGCUCUGUGCAUGGCUUUGCUCACAAUUCAGUAUGGGAUGCAGCCUCUUAUCUCGAAGCGGUUUACUGGGAAGUACGUGAUCAUGACGUCGGCGGUACUCACAUGUGAAAUGGUCAAGUGUGCGGCUGCCCUUUUUUUCAUGGCUCGGGAUGGCACCUUGUGGAAAUUGCCGAAAGAGUGGAGUUUUGUUGACUCACUGAAAGCAUCUGCGUCGCCAGCAGCAAUUUAUGCCCUGCAGAACACCCUCCUUCAGCUUUCAUAUCGAAACUUGGAUUCACUUACAUUUUCUCUUUUGAACCAGACAAAGCUUGUCUUUACAGCAGUUUUUAUGUUUCUACUUCUUGGGUCCAGGCAGACAAAGCAACAAAUAGGAGCAUUGUUCCUGCUAUUAGGAGCAGCAACGUUGUUGAGCCUCGGGAAGACUGCUCCAAAACAAGGAAUCAAGGAGGUUGAAUGGGAAUCAACGUUGUGGUUGGGAAUUAUCCCCAUUAUAUCUGCAUCUGUGCUCUCUGGUUUGGCAUCCACUCUCUGCCAGUGGGCCGCCCAGGUAAAACGCAGAAGUACAUAUUUGAUGACGUUGGAGAUGUCCACAUAUGGAAGCCUAGUUUUGUUGACCAGCAUGUGGUGGUCUCCUGAUGGUGUGAGCAUACAGAAACUUGGAUUCUUCUAUGGUUGGUCCUUGUUGACAUUUAUUCCAGUCUGCUUGAAUGCAUUUGGUGGCAUUCUCGUGGGGUUGGUUACUCAGUAUUCUGGAGGCAUUAAGAAGGGGUUUGUCAUUGUUUCAGCAUUGCUCGUCACAGCUCUAUUAGAAGUAAUAGUGGAAGGAAAACCUCCCUCAAGUUACGCUAUAGCUGCUCUUCCGUUGGUGGUAUCCAGCACCAUCAUCCACCAGAAUUAUCCUUUCAAAGCAAAACCCAAAACUGCUUGAUUGUCGUCUUUAUACGAUACUUAUACGUGCCAAAUUAUGUUAUAUUACACCUCGCAAUUCUUUACGUAUUUCUUUUAGAUUCCACGUACAAUCCUGUUUCGGUCCUGUCCUAGUGACUGCUACCGAGUUUUAGUUAAUGCUCCCGAGCUUGUUGAUAUACAGCUUUUGAAGCAGAUUUCCUAGAAAUUUGUGAUUGACAAUCAAUGAAUUAGUUAUUUGAGCUUUCAGAUACACUUUUUCUUGCAACUCCUGCAUAGAGAAGGCUAUUGCUCUCUGUACGGUUGUAUUUUGCGGGGAUGAUCUCAUAGCGUCGAAGCUACAACAGAAACCACGGAUUCUAGA